CUGUCGGCACAUUGAAACAGUUCAGUGCUGUCACUGACCAUCACGUGGCUAAGCAUGGAUUCGACUGCGAUCACUUCACUCCAGGCAACCGGCCACACUGCAUCAAGUUCAACUACUCCCUGUGUGACAUCACCCCAGUGCACGCCCUGCGGGGUGUCGACAUGUACAGGAAGGACGGACUCUGCAGCUCACAUCUGUUCAAGCUUUGGCCCAUCGCUCUCAAUGAAGCAGCAAUGGGACCAGACCUGGACAUCCCCAAAAUGGUAGGUUUGUGGCGCACUAAGGCGGUGGUCAGAAAACUCAUUAGUCAAUACAGCCAAAAAUCAGCAGCAGGACAAUUACACAAAUUUUUGAGAGCCAAAUUUCUUUUCAAGAAUCUGCCAAGAACCAUGUUUUUCGGAGUCAAAACCGAUUUGUGGCCGACUGGCCGAGCCGUGAUUUGCCGACCACGGCUCUAAGGGGUGUUACAUUCUACUGUUAUUGUUUGAAUUCCUCACCAGACCUAAAAGAUGACUUGCUUCUAAUGCUAACUUCCUUAAAACAAAGUUAGUGGGAUAAUAUACUAGUGUUAACUUGCUGACCUGAGACCAGAAUAUGACUUGCUGCUGGUGUGAUUAUCAAUGCUAAAUACUAGUGUUAACUUGCUGACCUGAGACCAAAAUAUGACUUGCUGCUGAUGUGAUUAUCAAUGCUAUAUACUGGUGUUAACUUGCUGACCUGAGAUCAAAAUAUGACUUGCUGCUGAUGUGAUUAUCAAUGCUAUAUACUGGUGUUAACUUGCUGACCUGAGAUCAAAAUAUGACUUGCUGCUGAUGUGAUUAUCAAUGCUAUGCUAUAUAGCAUGGGGUGAGUAACACAACUGAACAUAGAAAUAACCAGUUCUGAAGGAGACAUAAUGGCUUCCAAUGCAGAUUUCAACACUUUAGUGUAACUCCAGCAUAAACUCUGCCACUUUCUGUCCUACACAGCUCAGAACAAAUGGGUAUUUCUCACAAAAGCUGCACCAAUAGGGAGGGCUUAAUAUACUGACUAAUUAAUGAUCUUUAAUUACAUUUUUAUGACAGACCAACAAAAAGCACUUUUCACAAUUCUUUCCAUUUCACAUUUCAGUUUUCAUCUCCGUUGGCCCACAAGAAAAGUUACAAAACUCUCAAAAUCAGAGAAAGAAGACGAAAGACCAUCCAAAGCAUUGAUGAGAUAUUUCAGGAAUCCUCACCGGGAGAUCUCCGCAGCAGCAAAUCUGACAUGUCCAAAUCUCAGCCAUCCAUCCUGGUCCCUGUUGAUACAUCCGGAGCUGGGUUUGAGCGCAUGGCCUCCUUCAGGCAGUCGCUGAGAGAGGAGGAUGACCUGGGAGACAAAGAGAGAAGAAAGAGGAGGAGACGGACCGUGUCUGGAGUACCUGAGAAUAUCAUGCAGGUUAGAAUGCUUUCCUGGAAAAUUGUAUGCUCCUCAGCUUUUAAGGGCGGGGUUUUUCAUAUGCUGCAUAUGUAAACUAACUUUCUGCUAUAAUGGGCUGGGUUUUUCCUAUGGUACACAUGUAAACUAACACUCCUUCUUCUUGAAGAAGUUGAGAUAAGAAAAGUAUCAUAUUUAUUAUUUAUCAUAAUAUGAUUGCAUCUAGUGAUGGAAUCAAGGAUAUGGGGUUUAUUGUCAAGAUAUAAAAAUCACAUAGCAGGAAUUAUUAUUUAAAAAACACAUAGCUUUUGAAUUAAUGUUGCCCUUGAUCGUUAAGUAGAACUAUAACUGUUGACAUUUUAGUCUUGAGCUCACCACUGUCUGGAAUAUAUUUCAGGUCACGUAGUUGACCUCUCUCUGCUUAAUUAAUGUUUCUAGAAGGAAGCCUCAAACCACAAUUUUUAUGUGUUCCAUUUUUUAAAAAAAUUUAGUUUUGUGUGAGUGUGCAACAAAUCUAGGAAGUAAAUAUGUCUAACGUGUCUUAUUUUUACAUCUUUAACUUGUCAGGAGCUCGAGCAGUUUGAACGAGGUCGACGCAUUGAUAGAGACCGACCUCGUAUGUACAGUCUUGAUGACCUUGACCAGAAAGCCCUUGACGCCAAAGAUGAAGUGAUGCAGCAAUACCUCAUGGAAAUAGAUGCCGCCAUUGCCGAGCGAGAGGAGGAAGAGUUUGCAGAGCAAAGGGAGGCAAAACUUCUCAAAUUCCUGCCUUGCAGGCGCUCUCGAUCACUUCCUCGCUGUGUCAAACUUAUAUCUGGCUCCCGAAAGGAUGGACUUACUCGGUCCUCCCUCUACCAAAAGAAACAAGAUAAAAGCAGAAAUGAAGAGUUCUCACUCAAACAGUCCACGGAUGCCCUACACAGCAAGUUCACAAGCACUGCCAGUUUGGGUAGUUUGAGAUCUUCCAGAUCAUCCAAGAGGUCCAGCAUGAUCGGGGAGAAGAUUAAGUCAUUGGUCACCAACACACUCAAGCCAAGGCCAAAGUCCCUUGACUUUGACUCCAUUGAAGUUAAAGAUGAAGAAGACACUAAAAAUAAGGCCGGCGGACGACUCAAAGACAGAUCAUCCAGUUUGAGCAGAGUUAUUUCCCCUAGUAUGCCAGACGGUAAGUUUUCAAAUUUUGUUAACUUUCAUUUGUUAGGUUAGAUUUGUUAGAAAAUUGUUCAUAUUCAGAAAACAGGAAAGUAUGAAAAGCAGAUUUGUUCUACCUAUAAAUGGAUCACAGACUUAUAGCUACUUAAACUUGUGAAACAGCAUCUUGUUGGAAUGAAUCACCUUUGUUAGUAUAGAGAUAAUCCUUAAAAGUCUCAUUACUUUUUAAAAAAAAAUUUAAUAUUAUGUCUGCAUAAAUUGCUCGUGGUAAAAUUUGUUUUCUUUUGCUGCUUUGAUUUAAGUUUAAGCAAGACUAAGUAUUUAUUACAUGAUGUAAGCAAGACUAAGUAUUUAUUACAUGAUUUAAGCAAGACUAAGUAUUUAUUACAUGAUGUAAGCAAGACUAAGUAUUUAUUACAUGAUGUAAGCAAGACUAAAUAUUUAUUACAUGAUGUAAGCAAGACUUAGUAUUACAUGAUGUAAGCUAGACUAAGUAUUUAUUACAUGAUGUAAGCAAGACUAAGUAUUUAUUACAUGAUGUAAGCAAGACUAAGUAUUUAUUACAUGAUUUAAGCAAGACUAAGUAUUUAUUACAUGAUGUAAGCAAGACUAAAUAUUUAUUACAUGAUGUAAGCAAGACUUAGUAUUACAUGAUGUAAGCUAGACUAAGUAUUUAUUACAUGAUGUAAGCAAGACUAAGUAUUUAUUACAUGAGGUAAGCAAGACUAAGUAUUUAUUUCAUGAUGUAAGCAAGACUAAGUAUUUAUUACAUGAUGUAAGCAAGACUAAGUAUUUAUUACAUGAUGUAAGCAAGACUAAGUAUUUAUUACAUGAUGUAAGCAAGACUAAGUAUUUAUUACAUGAUUUAAGCAAGACUAAAUAUUUAUUAAAUGAUGUAAGCAAGACUAAGUAUUUAUUACAUGAUGUAAGCAAGACUAAGUAUUUAUUACAUGAUGUAAGCAAGACUAAAUAUUUAUUACAUGAUGUAAGCAAGACUUAGUAUUACAUGAUGUAAGCAAGACUAAGUAUUUAUUACAUGAUGUAAGCAAGACUAAGUAUUUAUUACAUGAUGUAAGCAAGACUAAGUAUUUAUUACAUGAUGUAAGCAAGACUAAGUAUUUAUUACAUGAUGUAAGCAAGACUAAAUAUUUAUUACAUGAUGUAAGCAAGACUUAGUAUUACAUGAUGUAAGCUAGACUAAGUAUUUAUUACAUGAUGUAAGCAAGACUAAGUAUUUAUUACAUGAUGUAAGCAAGACUAAGUAUUUAUUACAUGAUGUAAUUAAUGUGAAUUUUAGUGCAAAUCACUGAAAGCACUAAUGAGAUUUUCUUUUAUCUCAAAAGGUUAAGAGAUAACAGAGGUAGGUUGUAAGUAAAAAAAAUUAGUCUAUAACUAGAGAUUCUGGAAUUUUUUUUUUAUUCAGGUAUUGUAUCUAGGACAACAUCCACUGAGUCACAGAUUGGGCCAGGAUCAUAUUACUAUUUCAAUAACAAUACGAUUCCCCGAGCUCAAGCCAAAAAAUAUGACUUCCCCUGGGACUCUCUGCCUAAAGACUGGACAACUUCAGUCAAGUUACGAGAAAUUUCCAAACGUCGCAAGGAAGAUCGUCAGAGCUCUUCAGGUAAUAUAUGUGUUUUGUAAACUGCUUUGUACAACAUUGUAUAAGUCUGCUUGGUUUGUGAGAAGUGUUUUUGUGUGAGAAUAAAUUCAACAUUGGUCCUGAUUUUUCUUGUUAAACAUCUAAAACCCUCAAACUCAGUUCAUACAUUAACAAGAUAUACUUUGGUUUCAAUAAAGUUAAGCUUUUUUUACCAUUAAGUUAUUCACGCUUGGGUUUCUCCAAUGGUUCAAUGAAUUACUUUAAUUAUUGCUAUUUUCAAAAAGCUUUGUUUAAAAAUGUGGGUUCAAACAAAUGAGGUUAUCUUUUAAGAACUCUUGAUUUAUUCAUUCUUUACAUAAAUGUGACAAUGUAACAUAUGUAAGAUAUUUGCAGAGAUAUUUUCAAUGAGAUAUUUUCAGUGAUAUAUUUUCAGUGAUAUAUUUUCAGUGAUAUAUUUUCAGUGAGAUAUUUUUCUAAUCCUCUAAAGAAACUUUAUUCAUCCUUUAGAUCACCCAACUCUUAAUGUCCCAUAAUAUACCAUUACUUCCCAUUUUUUGCAUUUGUUUAUUUAUCAGUCUCACUCUUAUCAACAUUCAAUUUUCUAUCAAUUAAUAUUAUAUCAAGUCUGAAAACUAUCUAAUGCCAUAUUUAUUGACUAAAUUUCCAGGAAACUGGAGUCAAAGUGGAUACAGCAGCAACAGACAAUCUUUGGAUUCUGAUGUUAAAUCCAGUCAGCCCUCCACCAUGUCACAGUACUCUCUCGGAAAAGACUCUGGCAGAGAUUCACCAAAAUGUUCUGUGGAAAGGUAAAAUUGCUGUUCAAUAUUUGAAAAUAAAAGAAAUUUUCUUCGCACAUGAAAUAUAGUGUCAGAAAAUCUGUCAUCAUCAUCAUUUAAUUUGAAAAAUAAUUCAUUUAAUUUCUAGUUAACUUGAUAAAUUGCAUCCUAUUAACUUAUCAAAUUUUUUGUUGUCUUAAAAAGGGAACUAACAAAGAGAAAAUAUUAUAUAAAUUAAAUUAUCCAUUGCUUUAUUAUAUCCUGUGUGUGUGUGUAGCGGGUGGGUAUGAAUAAAUCUAAAAUGAAAAAGAACAACUUUUAAUAAAAUCAAUAUCACUGCAUGUUCUAUGUAUCAAGAAACAAACAAUAAAGCUUACAUAAUUGUUAAACAGUAUAAAGUGUAUUUAAACAUCUGUAAUAUCAGUUAGUAAACUCAAAAAACUAACUUGAAAUGUCUCUUUUCACAGAGAUGGCCUGGACACAGGGUACAUGGGAGAUGCUGCCAGCAAUGAGUCAAUCUCAGACACAAAAUCAAUGUCUAAUACAGACAGUGACGAGUGGAUCAGAUCCCUGGCCGAGAGGGCAGCUAGUCGUGGGGACGUGACCUCAACCAGUGCAGAGGCUCUGGCCAAUUUGUCCAGGCUCACAAAACAAAACAUUAGAAAUUUGGAUAUUUUAGUGCCAGGACGAAAGUGUUUGCGUCAGCCGAGACGUGAUUUUGACGAUGACGGCGAAUCAUCUGUUUACUCCUUGGACACUGAAGGCUUCUACACUUCCUUCCACAAUGACAGCGGUCUGAGAAAAAGUACAAACACACUGUUAGAUGAUGAGGAUAUGAUGAUGCCUUCUAAAUCCUUGUUUUCUAAUGGCCUUCAAAGUGCUUCCAGCUACAGCACAGUCGAAAGUGCCAUCUUCCGGGCAUUUGAUCAAGAGGGCAGUGACACACUGACAUCAGGCUCUUCUGUGUCGUCACCAAACCUUGCAUCGCUGGCUGGAAACGGAAACGAUUAUCCCCUCUCUGACUUAAAUGACUUUGACAUUCCUGAUAUAGAUGCAUUUGAAAUGGGUGAAGGACCCCUUGAUACAGGGACUCUCAAACCUAUGAAAGACAAACCAAAAAGGCCGCCAGCGCCUGUUCCUCCCCCUAGAACUUCCAGUGCAAUGACAAGCAGUGGGUCAAGACCAAACAGCGAUGACCUGAACAGCCUUACAUCGAAUUCUGUCAACAGUGAAACAUCACCCGAGUCAUCAGACCAUGAAGUCAUCUAUGCCAGACUUAAAAAGAAGACGAGCAUCUCUGUCAAAGGUUUCCCUUCCUGGUGUCCCGGGCUGGCCAGCGAUGAAGAUGACAUCACACUCAAAGAUCCACUCAGUGCUUCCAGAGAACGCCUCAAUGCUGAAUCUUCUGAAGUCGAAGAGAUGUUUCAAUUGGGCAAGGAAUCCUGGUUAUCGGGAACGAUACCUCGAAGUAAAAUGACCAAAGGGGUUGGGUCGCCUGAAACUUUCAGUCUUACCACAAACUCCUGGCCAAGGAUUAAGCGUCCAUUGUCGCUCCAACCGGGCAUCCUCAAAACACCUGAAAAAGACAAGGUCAAACCCACUGGUAACCCUAAAAUACUGAACUUUGACCCGGUAGUAAACCUUUUUGAUGCGAAAUCACCCCAUGGUGUGCCAUUGCCACUCUCUCGGAUGUCUUCGUCAGAUGAGAGUAACUCUCCCCCCGGCAGUUCCCCACCUCCUCCCAGUACCACUUUUGACUUGUCCACCCAGAAGUCUUCUAGUGAUUGUGCUACAGAACAGGGAAGACCAUUCAAAUAUAUACCAACGUUUAAUGCAACCAGAGAAUUGAAACCGUCCAGUCAUCAUAAUAUGGUCAGUUACACAAACAAUUUUAUGAAACUGAAAGCAUAUUAUUUUUAGCUAUUUGCUUAAAUAUGCUCAGUACUGUUACUAUGGAGGAAAAUAUGUUUAGUACUGCUACUAUGAAUGUAAAUAUGCUCAGUACUGUUGCCAUAUAAAAUCUGAGAUGUAGUAUACAAAUACUGCAAAUAUAACAUAAAUAAACACACAAAAAUUCUCACAGACAAUUUGAAAGAUCUUUAGCCAUGUGUUUUUAAUGAUGAUCUUUUUCAUAUAUCAUUGAUAGAUUAAUCAUAUCAGUUUUUGAGGCUACACAUGCUUGCUCUUAUUAUUCUCAGUUUUCUUCUAUUUCAAGUAAAAAGAUAUUUUAUUGUUUGUUUCAAUUUCUUCUUUUUUUUACUUUAGCCGCAGCUUCCUAGAGAUGUUGUCGGAUCAUCUACUCCAACUGACAAACAACAGAUGACCUCGCCAACUUCUGCUGGUUUCUAUGACAAAGAUGAUGCAAACAGGUCCAGUUAUUCAAGUGAUCUCUCUGCGAUACAUUCAUCUUCCUGUUUGUCCAUAGCUUCGUUUGACAGCUUUGACGCUCCACUGUCAAGGCCGUUCCAGGCACUGGACAGGUCCAGUGAAAUGCUUGGCAGCAACAGCACAAUAGCUUUAUCUGAUAUAGAUACAUCCAGCUUCACGCAUGUUACCAUGACAACCAACCUGUCGCCGUCAGACUCGUCUUUUUCUCUAAACUGGGACACCGAUGACACACCUAACCCUACGCCACUCGUUACCCCAGUUCGAAAGAAAGAUCUUUCUUCUUCGAACUCCAGCCAAGUUUCUAGAAAUAGGAAUCUAAAUGACUUUUCAGCACAAGAUACAAAUAGCACAGUGCCAAAUAAUCCAAGCAUUAAUAUGCCUACCCUUCCCAAAACAUCAGCUGUGGUCAGCCAGGCUCUACAUGAGGCUAACAGUAAGCUCCAGACCACAGGAAGUAAUGAUCGUUCAUCUCCCUUUCAGUCUAGUAUUAAUAUUAAGUCUAUGCAAUCUGUUACAGUGACUAUGCCAACCAACAGUGCACCAGCUCAAACUUCUUCCAGUGACAAAAAUAACAACAAGAGCUCUUACUUCAACUUUCCUGAGCCAAACAUGUCACAACAGUCAUCAUCACAUCAGCAAUCAUCGAGAUUGAAUAAUUCACAAACUUCAAAUUUCAGAACGAAUCCUCCUUCUCAUAGUAACAAUCAAUGUCAGGCAGCAAACAGUAGCAUGGCUCCAAGGAUGUCCCAGAAGGAACGAAGAAGAAGUAGUCCUAUAACAAAUGAGCAACGAAAUGAUUCAAGUUCUUCAGCUGUCAGUGGAAAUGAAAGUGGCUCAAGCAGCAGUUGCAAAGGUAGCAUCAAGGAUUCCAGCAAUCGACGCAGGAGUGGGACAGAUGCUUAUAGUCCCGCAGAUAGUGGUUUUGGAUCCCCAUCUGUCUUCAGUGAACCUGGGUCUGUUGUCUAUUCCCCAUCGGAGCAACCAGCGCAAAACAUCUCCAAAGGUCCCCAGAUCAAGCAGAUGCUACUGACAGACACCAAGUCUCAUAUAAUUCAGAAACCUGCUCUUGCUGCAGUGGGUGGGUCCCAGAGAUCGGAGUAUCCAAUGAAAGCUCUAAGCACAAUACCCAGCCAAUCCAAUGAUUCCCUCAAUUCCCAGUACUCAUUUAGCUCAACCAGUCAGCUGAUUGGUAAAAAUGCAAAAACUGAUUUGUCCCAGCCAGUGUUACAUUCUGGCACAUCGAGUGAAUCCCUGCAUUCUAACAGCUCUGCGGGUCGCUCAGCUUCCUAUCGUGUGGCAUUGCUCACUGAAAGUCAACAGAUGAGUUUAAUACCAGAUAAACAAUCCCAUUGUAUCAAUAACAACAACAUUACCAAAACUAACCCACCCUUGUCACGCACUGCCCAGACCAGAUCUAUGUCUAUUCCUGCGCCAGAAUGUAUCGAUGAUAAUAUUAAUCGUGCCGACUCUUAUCGUUGUGCAGUUAGAAAUACCCAGAGUGCGUAUAUUGCAGACAUGAUGGGAAGAAAUAGUUCAUAUCGCCUAGCAACUUGUGAUGAAGAUGUGGUCGUCACCAACAGCAGAAUGGAGGCCUGUAACUUGUGGACUGGAAAAACUGGAGCUACGAGGGAUGUCCGACGUAUGGGCAUAACAGAUGUUGACCAACUGAAGCACUACCUCAAUGAGCCAGAUGGACGGGGACGACACACUGGCAAGCAAAGUGUCGGUAAAAAUGUUGACACCCUCCACUCCAAGAAAAGAUUAAGUGUAAAAUCGGAUACCUUGGUAGAUCCUAACCCUAAAACCUCCCCCUCAGAGCAGAGACAUGCUGUGAAAUCAAGCAGUAAAGACAAGAACAAACAAAAAACCCAGUCGUCCACCUACAUCAGGUUUGAUCCAAUCUUUGAGAGUGGUGAGGACCUCCGGGCAUCCAGUGAAUCACUACGUCCUCCCUCCAUUGUUUCCAUCAAGACUUUAGCUAAGGCGGACUCCAAUGACAUCAUCAUGCAAGACAACUCACGUUUGAUUGGACAAAAGAAUAGUGUCACGGCACAAACAAGACGAAGGUCAGGGUCUCAGGGUCGCAAGUCCUCAGAAGAAAAAUCUGGGCUGACAUUAUUUGACAGCAUUAGAACAACUUUCAAAUCCAUAGGUGGAGGAAAAGACAGCUCUUACAAAUGAUUUAUCUUAUUGAUUUGUAUAAAAUUUAAAUUUGAUUAUAUGUAUUAAGUUCAAUUCUCAACUGUUACUACAUUAGGCCACAAGGCACAAAGUAGCUCACUAUUUUUUUGUUGAUGCUAGUCCACCAUCUAUAAAGGAAAUUGUUUGUAACUGUAUCAAUUUGAAUUUGUGAAAAUAAGAAUGAUUGAAUGUCCAAUAAGGUGAUUUAAAACACACUUAAAUAACACUUUGAAUAAUACUUUAAAUAAUUCUUUAAUAAUACUGUAAAUAACCUCCUUAAAGAAAGGACGUUACAAAAUUAACUUACAGUAAGUUAAAGACAGAAAUAUAAGUACAGAGAUUUCAUCCCUCGGAAGUUUCUGGUUUGCCAUUGAGUCAUCAAGAAAACAGGUCACAGUUUGUUAACAGUUUUAACAUGACUGAUAAAGGGAGGUCACUUUGUUUACGAAAAAAUCUUUCUCAUCAAUUUUUUUAAUGAUUUUGUUACAAGUCUAUGCAUUCAAUAACUGUACAAAGAUAGUUAUCAGUCAAGGUGCAUUUAUGGAUGUUUUUAAAAAACAAAAAGUGCCUUAGAGAAGAAUACCUAAUACAGUGUGUAUUCUAUAAACCACAUAGUAAUGUACCAAUGUUCGACAUACUCUGGGACAGGACUUCUAAUGUUAAACAGUAUGACACAAACAAGUUAUCUAAAGAAACAGUAUAUGGACACUUUAAUUAUGUCAAGACAAAUACAAAUUGAAGAUGUUUUCAUGUCUUCAAUUUUUAUUUGCAUACUGAUUAUAAAAAUAUAAUUUUGUGGCAUGAAAGGUAUUAAUGCCAAGGCCAGGUGUUUGCCGUUGCUCCUUAUUACAUUAACUAAUUGAGAUCUUUUUUUGAUCUAACUAGAUUAAAAUAUGAAGCCAGAUUUAACUGUAGACCCUCAACCUAAAUUACAAAUAAGUUUGCUAUUUCCAGUAUUUUAUCUUUGUAUUUUCUUCUGUGGGGGCG